GCAACAAAGCCACUCUGCAUGUGUGCAAUCGUCAAAAGAAAAAAGUUGGGACCAUUUCAACGUGGGGUAAUAGAGCAUCAACAGCCAAAUAAAACCAGAGGGAGGGAUAAGUCUCUCUUCCCUUUCUAUUUGACAAGCUCCUCUUUUGUUGCGAGUUCAUUCUUCUGUGAGGUCUGCACAACAGCUAGAGACAUGAAGUCUGCACUGCUGAUCAUUCUGCUCUUCAGCACCUACAUGUUCAUAAGUACGGCACAAGGCUCUUUCGGUAACUGCUGUCUGGGUCACGUUUCCAAAAUCAAACCAAAAGCGAAGAGUAACAUCCAGAGCUACAGGCGGCAGGAAAGCGAUGGCGAUUGCAACAUCGAGGCUAUCGUAUUCUUCCUGAAGAAGAGGCAGUCGCACAAGAAACAGAGAACCGUCUGUACAAAUCCAGAAGACAAAUGGGUGCAGGAUCUAAUCAGAGAUCUUGAUAGAAGUGAAUAUAGAAAACAGAAGUUGGGAAGAUAAGCGUUGGAGAAAGAAGAUAUUGGGACCAAGAAGAGCUCUGGGUCGUGUUCCUCUAAGUAACCCUG